AUGUACAUCUUAACCCUCCUCCUCCUCACCCUCCUCACCCUCCUCGGAGCAACCGUGGCAUCCCCCACCAUCGCAGCAAUGGAGAAGGAGAAGCCGCUAGCCGCCCGAGUGAAUAUCCUACCCAACGGCGCAACCUGCAACAAGGACGGGAGUAUGGGGCUCUGCCAGAGUAAUUUCUGCAUGCAAAAUGAGGGGGCUGCUACGGGGGUCUGUCGGUGA